AUGGUAAUUAACCUCAUAGUCUACGCCGCUGUGGCCGUGGGUCUUGCUUAUCUGGUCCUGAUAUUCCCCAGGCUACAACAAGAAUGGAAGCUCUACUCGCACCGCUCUCAACUCCCUCCAGGCCCCAAGACCGUCAAAACCGGCAUUCGAAAGCCCUGGCUCUGGUUCCAAGAACUCAGCCAGCAAUAUGGCGACGUUGUCUACCUCCAGCUCGGCCCCACGCCAACUAUCAUCCUGGGCUCUGCACAAGCCGCCUGGGAUCUUCUCGAGAAGCGCGGCGCCGUGUUUUCUUCCCGACCGAGGUUUAUCAUGGGCGGCGAGUUGCUAUCAGGUGGAAUGAGAGGUUUGAUGGCUCCUUAUGCGUCUUAUUGGAGACGAUGGAGGAAGCUAUUGCAUAGUGGCUUUAUGCAGCGACAGAGUGAGAAGUAUCGACCGAUUCAGAGUCUUGAGUCUAAGGUUUUGCUGCAUGAUCUAUUGAAGACGCCUGCUGAUUUUAGGAUGCACCUGGAGCGGUAUGCUGCAUCUGUGAUUGUCACUGUUACUUAUGGACGACGGGUUGAGGAUGUUAGGAGUGAUAUCGUGGUGAGGAGAAAUGCUGAAGCGAUGGAACGCCUAACUAUGGUCAAUAUUCCCGGGAAGUAUGCUGUCGAACGCUACCCUGCCCUCAAGUAUCUACCAAGCUUCUUAGCACCUUGGAAAGCUGAGGUACUCCAACAGCGAAAGAAAGACAUCCAACUUUAUACCGAACUUAUGGACGAAGUUCGUGAUAAGAUAGCCAGAGGAACUGCGCCAACCUGCUUUGCGAAACAUCUUCUGGAAGAGCAACAGAAUCUUGGUAUGAGUGAUCUGGAGAUUGCGUAUACAGCAGGAUCACCUUUUGGCGCUGGUGUUGAGACGUCCGCGGGAUCACUUGCAAGUUUCCUACUCGCAUGUGUCAAAUUCGGACCUCAGUUUAUCCCCAAGGCACAAGAAGAACUUGACCGAGUUGUUGGGCCUGAUAGAUUGCCCACGUUCAACGACCUACCAAAGCUUGAAUACAUCAGAGCCAUUGCCUCAGAAACCCUCCGAUGGCGUCCUGUAGCUGUCCUCGGAGGAACCCCCCAUGCCAGCACAGCAGACCAUGUAUACAAGGGCAUGUUCAUCCCCAAAGGGAGCACCAUCAUUGCGCCCCUCUGGACACUUCAUCUCAACGAAGCCGACUUCCCAGAACCUCACGAGUUUCGGCCAGAGCGCUUCAUGCAAGAGCGUGAGUAUCCCGGCACACUCGGCCAUAGCGCUUUCGGCUGGGGUAGACGUAUCUGUCCAGGAAUGCAUCUCGGAGCUGCAUCUGUAACGCUCAAUAUUGCACGUAUACUCUGGGGUUUUGAGAUCAAAUUCGAGAAGAAUGAGAAAGGAAAGGACGUUGAUGUUGAUAUUUUUGCUUACUCAGAGGGCUUCAACUCAAGCCCGUUGCCUUUCCCUUGUUCCAUCACACCUCGUUCGUCAAAGCAUGUUGAGGUUAUUGAGGGUGAGCAUGCUCGUGCUUUGAAAGACCUGGUUGAGUAUACUGCGGUUACAAGUAAGGUGUCUUGA